AUGCUUCAAUAUUAUCGUCGUUCUCUCUCUGCCAAUAAGAAUAAUGAUAGAGUAAAACGAACUAAACUUGAGAACAUCAAAGUUCUGGUAUCCUUGAUUUUACCAAUUAAUAUAGGAAUCUUUACUCUAGUAACAACACUUCAAAAUCGUCACAUUGCUAGUGAAGAACGUGAGCAAGAUCAAAAUCAAGCACAAGAUCAACAACGAGAAACAGUUUUUGUCAAUUAUAUUAAUGAUAUAGCUCGUUAUCGUGAUAAAAAUAGUGGUUUUCUCAAAGAAAGUUCACUUCUAUCGAAUGAUACACAAAGUCUUUGGUUCGGUGCUGAUUUCAAUCGAAUCAAAAUCGAUGGCAAUGAUUGUCGUUUUUCGAAUGCUACUUUUUGGGGUGUUCAAUUUCAGUAUGCAUCAUUAACGAAUUGUCAAUUUGAAAAUGUAAUUUUUCGUCAUACAAAUUUUAAUCAUGCUACUCUCACACAAUCAAGCUUUUAUAAUACACAUUUUAUUUCAUGUCAUAUGGAACAAAUCAAUUUUCAAGAUGCAAUCAUAUUCCUUUCAUAUUUCAAUAGUUCAAUGUUAAGUUUUGCAAAUUUUCUACAUACAACAUUAAGUACUGUUUAUUUUUUGAAUAUCAAUUUGACGGGAGCAAUAUUCACUACAAAACUAUCGAACUUCUUUGUUAUUCGAAAUUCAUUUCUUCCUAAUGGAACAUUUUCACCUGUUGAUGGUAUUGAUAUCAAGAUGAAUGAAUGUGCACUAUUAGACGGAUGGCAGGUAAUACCUGAUAGAAGUAUUCAAAUAAAAAAUUGUACAUUGGUAACUACUAAUAAUAAUGCCAGUAUAAGUCGAAUAAUUCCAAUGUCUUUGGCCGAUCAUUCAAUGCUUAUCAAUACUAAUCAAGCAGAAUUUCAAUUUAAAAUACAUGAAAAUGGUCUACCGACAAGAAUUUUAAUCAAUAUUGUUUUUGAUAAUGCGGAAAAUCUUAUUUUCGAUAUACAUGAUACUGGUAUGAUAUCAUUUCGAUUAUUGAAAUAA